CCCCAGACCAUCCACAUCACCACAUCACCGGCGCCCCACCCACCGUAUGCGCCCCGCACCCCACCACACCAACCGAACACCAUGUCGCUCAUAACCGGGCUCCUCUCAGGCGCGCAGGCACCGCCGAAACAAGACGCCACAUCAACGAUCCAAACACUAUGUCUACGACUGUCGUCCUCCACCCUCCUCGAAGACCGCCGCGCCGCGAUCCUGGGAUUGAGAAGCUUUGCGCGCGAGUUCCAGGAGCUCGUGGCCAGUGAGGGCCUCCGCGGCCUCAUCGCCUGCUUGGCUAGGGACCGCGAGGACGGCGAUACUGUUCGUGCCGUGCUCGAGACGCUGCUGAUGUUGUUUGUGCCCGAUGCGUUGAAUCUGGAGAGCUCAGGGGAUAUAGCGCUGUGGCUUACGGAUGAGUUUACUCAGAAACAAGAGAAUAUCACCAUCCUCCUGGAUCUGCUAGAAGACGGCGAUUUCUUCAUCCGUCUGUACGCGCUACAGCUGCUCGCGGCGAUCUCGAAUAAUCGGCCGGCGAGGACGCAGGAAUGUGUCUAUACCGCGCCGCUGGGGGUGAAUAGGCUGGUGGAGAUAUUGGGGGAUAAGAGGGAGGCUAUACGGAAUGAGGCGGUGUUACUGAUAAUACACCUUUCGGCCGGCCACACCGAUAUCCAGAAGAUGAUCACGUUUUCGAAUGCGUUUGACCAGGUCUUUGCGAUCAUUGAUACCGAAGGCGGCAUGGAAGGUGGGAUAGUGGUGCAGGAUUGCCUACAGCUUCUCUCGAAUCUCCUCAGCUUCAACGUCUCGAACCAGAAAUAUUUCCGGGAGACCGGCGGAAUUCCGAAGCUGGCCGCGUUACUGGAUCUAGGGCCGGAGGAUAAGGUGCUGCCGUUCGCUAGGGAGCAGAGGGAUACCAAUAUUCAGUAUGCGCUGAGAUUGGUAAGGCUGUUUGUUGUGCCUGGAGGGUUGGGGACGGUCCAGAAUCAGAAUGCUCUCGUAGCGGCGGGGAUAAUGCAUUUGGUGGUCAAGGCUGCGUUUUCGCCGGCGGAUCUAGCAGUGCGCACGGAGGCGCUGAAAGCGGUGGCUGAUCUGAUCGACGGGAAUAAACCGCUGCAAGAAGCAUUCGGGACUAUGGUGGUUGCUCCGCCGGAACUGCAACCGCCACCUCCGCUGCCGUCGCCUGACGGCGGUAAUAAGAAUGGGGAUAGGGCGGAGAUUGAACCGGUGGAGUGCGGGGUUAUCGAGGGACUGCUAGAUCUGGCACUGAUGAACUCAUCGAAACAUGUGUUUGAUGCACGGUUUGCAGCUGGUAGGAGUCUGGAGGCUUACUUCAAUGGUAACGAGCUCGUCCGACGACAUUUCCUUGCAUACGCAAUCGAGCUGCAUGAUCAUGGCGAUCCAUCGGCGAAUGCCCUCACCUGCCUCCUCCACCUCGACAACGCCUCCCGUGGCGACCCUUACCGCGUCUGGAUCGCCAGUGCGAUAUUGAUCCACCUGAUCUACGACGAUAAGGAAGCUAAAGUGCUCGCUACUGGCGUAAAAGAAGGGGACGCUGAAGCCGGCGAAGAAGUGGUUACCGCUAUCCAAGGCAUAUCUGCCAACCUGAUCAUGGCCCUUCAACACCAAUACGACCCUCGUAUCUGCAUUGGCUACCUAAUGCUCCUCUGCGUUUGGCUCUUCGGCGAUUCUGACGCAGUUGACGACUUCCUGAGCGAAGGAGCCAGUGUGCAGGCGCUCGUCGGCGCCGUAAAAGAAAAUGGCGUGGACCUCAUCGUCCAGGGACUCUCCACCCUGCUCCUCGGAAUCCUGUACGAGUUCUCGCAUGCACAGUCUCCUGUAUCUCGCACACAGGUCCACGAGAUCCUGACUCAGCAGAUGGAGCGAGAUCUCUACGUCAACAAACUAACCAAGCUCCGCUCCCACCCGCUGAUCCGUGACUUUGAGGUUUCGAAAGAUGAGUUCAUGCCGGGCCAGCGACCACGGCAUGGGCACGGCCUGCCAGAGGUCUAUUUUGAUCCGGUAUUUGUUGAGUUCUUCAAGGACAACUGCGGCCAGAUCGUGCGCGCAAUCGAUAAGGACCCCAAUCUCGAGACGAAAAUCACCGCCAAUGGGAUUACCAAGGUCAGCAAUGGCGUCAAUCUCGAAGAGCUAGAGUCACUCCGCGGUCAAGUCGAGGAGAGCCAGCGGAUACUUGCCGCUGUUGAGGACGAGAAACACGCGAUAGAAGCUCAGCAUGCAGCCGAAAUGAACGCAGUCCACCAGCAAUUCCAGGCCGCACAGGAUUCGCUCCAAAAAGACCACUCUUCUGUCAUAGCAGGGCUCCAGAAGCAGCUUCUUGCCGCACAACAGCUGAGCUCCCAGCUGCAGCAGUCCUUCCAGCGGUCACGCGAAGCACUCGCCGCAGAGACUCGGAAACACAACGAGGCGAUCGAGACGCAGCGGAAGAAGUUCGAAGCGGAGAAGGUUACUGCUGACGAGCGGAACCGUACCAUUAUGGAGGAGAUGCGCCAGCGGAAUCGACGCACUGUUGAGGAGAAGGAAACGCUUGUACAAUCGCUACGGAAGCAGAUUGGUGAGCUGCAGCAGCAUGCGAAGGCUGCGGCGAAUGAGGUGCAGCAAGUGAAGCGGCAGCAGGACGAGGCGGGCAGGAGGAGCCAAGCCGCUGCAGAGGAGGCGGAACGGAAACUGGCGGAUGUGCAACGGCAGGCGGAAGAGGCGGUGGCUAGACUUGCGGCCGAGAAAGACGCCCAGAUGGGUAAACUCGCCGUAGAGAAGGAUGCGCAGCUCCAGGCACUGCAACGCCAAUUCGAGGAGACCCGGCGGAACGCCGAAUCGGUUGACGAGGCGCGGCGGCAGGCGGAGGAACAUUCACGGGGACUGCAACAGGAGCUAGAGCAGGCUCGAUCAUACACCGCCUCCAUAACCUCCGAAAAGGACUCCGAGCUGCAAGCUGCGCGGGCACAGCUUGAGGAGCGGGAUGACCAGCUUUCGAAAUUACAAUCCGACCUGGAGCAGGCAGCGAAGAAGCAUGCGGAGGACCUCGAGUCGCAACUCGCCGAGCGCGACUCCCGUCUUUCACAACUCCAGUCCUCGCUCGACCGCGCCGCAAAAGAACACGCACAAGACCUUGCAACCCAGCACGAAGAGCACACAACCGAGCUCAAGAAGAAGUUUUCCAUCAUCGCCGAGCUGGAAGCGAAGCUUGCCUCGACCAUUGACGCCGCUACCCUCGAAAAGGAAAAGACGGCGGCGGCGGAGGCGGCAAAAGCCCGUGAUGCUGCCGUGAAAGAGAAGGAAGCGCUGGCUAAGGAAUGCGACGAGGUUAAGGCUAAGGCUGAGGAGGUGCAGACCGAAUUGGACGAUUUGUUUAUGGUACUAGGAGAUUUGGAGGAGAAGAGGAAGGCGGACAAGAAACGCUUAAAGGAGCUGGGCCAAGAGGUGUCUGAGGACGAGGAUGAGGACGACGAUGACGAUGACAACGAUGAGGAGUGAUUGUCGUAAUACGACUGGCGAAGGAAUACUUGAGUGCUUGAUUUUGAUGCAUGGCGAUACAUAGAAUACUGUUCUGAUUCCUUUCUUUCUUCGAGCAUAAUCCUAGACGGCUUUCCCGGCGAGUUGGUUGACUAACCCUUUGGUUAAUGAAAGAGGAUUCUUGGAGAAAUCACGCGUUCACUUUGGUUUGGUUUGUUUUGUUGUAUUUUAAAUUGUUCUGUUGUAUUGCAUUUGUUGAUGUAAGUACAUCUCUACUGGUAAUGUUGGACUGGGAGCACAUUGAAGUAGGAGCAGCGAAGAGAAUUGUUCGAGAGUCUGUGAGUGAACUU